ACCCCCCAGGGCAGCCCGGCAGCCCCUCCCGUGGGAUCCUGAGUGACAGCUGCUUCCCAGGUGGGGAUAGUGGGGACAUGCGGCCUCACUUGCAGGGUGUCUGUGCCCACAGCCUCCAGCACCUGCCGUAGCCCCUCCGAAGGGCCCGUGUGGUGGCCACCGGGAGUCAGAAGGAAUCCGAGGUCCGGGACAGGGCUCCAUGUGGGUGUGGCCCUGCUGAGCUGCGAGACCUCGGGCAAGUCCCCACCCUCCCUGGGCCGAAAGCUAACCCUCUCCUUGGACACUCGUCACAGCAGUGACUCCAUGCCUGCAGGGGACCCCCCCGGAACAGCAGCGGACACGCAGCGGGGGCUCAGUGAGCUUUGUUGAGAGGAAGAAUUCCACGGGGCUGCCUGGUGGAGGUGGCCCUCCCUCCACGCCCAGCUGAGAUAUUGGGACGGUCACACUCCAGCAGGACCCGAACAGCCUCGGCCAGGCCCCGGGGACCGGCCACCAAACCCUUUGAGGCGCUGUCCUCUGAGCAGAGCCAGGGCCUGGGGUGGGCUUAGCGAAAGCUCCAACCAGACAGACCCUGUCUCGCGUCUGCGCACAGGCUAGUUUGGGGCCUGGGAAUCGCAGCCGGAUUUGACAGGCGGCCGCCGGUCCAUGCAGAGUCUCACAGUACUGUGGCCACUGCCGCUGAACUUAGGCCACCACCUGGGGUGUCCACGGGGGGCGGCCCCCAGGACCCUCAGUUCGCAGGCUACUCCAGGCAAGCCGAGCCUCCGAGCCUCCGUCACAGGUACCGGGGCAGGUACGAGCUCGGGCCUGAUCCAGGCCUCUUCCCUGCUCCCGCCACCGACGAGCCGUCGGCCCUGGUCCACCCGCAGCCAGGGCUCCGGCUAGCUGCCUUCCCUGGGCACGCUGCCCUGGAGUCAUGGGGCCCACCUAGCCCCUGCCUGCCCGGAUGUCCCAGCCCGGGGACUGCUGACCUCGGCUGCAGGGGGAGCCCCGCCAAAGCCCCCUCGCCAGCCUCAGCAGCCAGAGACCCUGGGUGAGCCCCUGGGCCAGACCUCCGGCCCAGGGCAGCCUCCCACGCCCCCCUGCCCCUGCCUCCCUCCACCUCCCCCGCCCCUUCCUCCUCCUCCUCCCAGGACUGGAGCACAGAAGCCACUGUGGCCACUAGGAGGGGCCCUGCCCCCUCAGCUCUCACUGGGCAACCCCAAGAGUCCUCGGGGUGGCCGGGGUCCCCACCAGGCCUGGCGGGACCAGGAUGCUGCCCCUGCUCCUCCCCCCCGGCCCCACCCAACGCCCCCUCCCACCUUAACACCCAGUCUGACAGGAGACAGCCGGAUGCCGGCUGACCCUGGGCCCGACGUGGGCAGUGGCUGGCCGGGCCUCCUCAUGUCCUGCCUGAAGGGCCCCCAUGUCAUCCUCAAGAUGGAGGCCAUGAAGAUUGUCCACCCUGAGAAGUUCCCCGAGCUGCAGGCGGCCGCCCCCUGCUUCCCACCUGCCCCCCGGCCCACCCCGGCCCUGGCCCCCAAGCGUGCCUGGCCCUCAGACACAGAGAUCAUCGUCAACCAGGCAUGUGGGGGGGACAUGCCCGCCUUGGACGGGGCGCCCCGCACCCCACCCCUGCCGCGGCGGCCCCGCAAAGGCAGCUCUGCAGAGCUGGGCUUCCCCCGUGUGGCGCCGGUGGGCGAGGUCAUCGUGAAUCAGUACGUGGUUCGGCCCAGUCCUGCCGCCUCUGGGCCCCCGGCGGUGGCACCCCCAGCUGCGGGGGAGCCCCUGGAGUGCCCGACCUGUGGGCACACGUACAACGUCACCCAGCGGCGGCCGCGAGUGCUGUCCUGCCUGCACUCUGUGUGUGAGCAGUGCCUGCAGAUCCUCUACGAGUCCUGCCCCAAGUACAAGUUCAUCUCCUGCCCCGCCUGCCGCCGCGAGACUGUGCUCUUCACUGACUACGGCCUGGCGGCGCUGGCCGUCAACACAUCCAUCUUGAGCCGCCUGCCGCCUGAGGCACUGACCGCCCCGUCUGGUGGUCAGUGGGGGGGUGAGCCUGAGGGCAGUUGCUACCAGACCUUCCGGCAGUACUGUGGGGCCGCCUGCACCUGCCGCGUGCGGAACCCGCUGUCGGCCUGCUCCAUCAUGUAGUGCCCGCCCGCCUGCUGCCGUGUGCCUCCGCCCGCUGGUCCUCCCGCUGCUGCUUCAGGGGUCCGGCCCUGCCACGUCCCCCUCUGACCCCUCACCUGUCACAGCUUCUGGCCCCCACUUGUGUGGCAUUCUCGCUGCAGCCAACUUUGCCAUUAAAACUCCGCCAAAGUUUGCACCUUG